AUGUAUGUUGAAGAGAUAGACUGCACAGGAGAUCUCUUCCUAGUGCGAGGUGGUUUUAGGCCUGUGGAGUUCAAGGUGGUGGGCGUUGACCCUGGGGAGUUUGUGAUUGUGGCCCCCGACACGGUGAUCCACUGUGAAGGUGAGCCUGUGAAGCGUGAGGAUGAGGAACGUUUGGACGAUGUGGGCUAUGAUGACAUUGGUGGAUGCAAGAAAGCCAUGGGCCAAAUCCGAGAGAUGAUAGAGUUGCCGUUGCGACAUCCCACGCUCUUCAAGACUUUGGGUGUAAAGCCGCCAAGGGGCGUUCUUUUGUAUGGUCCUCCUGGCAGUGGCAAGACCUUGAUCGCUCGUGCGAUCGCCAAUGAGACCGGCGCUUUUUUCUUCCUGAUCAAUGGCCCGGAGAUCAUGAGCAAGAUGGCCGGAGAGGCAGAAAGCAACCUGCGAAAAGCGUUUGAAGAAGCUGAGAAGAACUCACCUGCCAUUAUUUUCAUCGAUGAGAUUGACUCUAUUGCCCCAAAGCGUGACAAGACUAGCGGUGAAGUGGAGAAGCGAGUGGUCUCACAGCUCUUGACAUUGAUGGAUGGCAUCAAGGGCCGUGGCCAGGCAUGCAACCCUCCAGAGGAGUUCUUUUCUAUGGCCCCCCCAGGCUGCGGCAAAACGCUGCUGGCCAAGGCGGUAGCCUCUGAGUGCUCGGCCAACUUCGUGAGCAUCAAGGGCCCAGAGUUGCUCACCAUGUGGUUCGGAGAGUCAGAGGCCAAUGUGCGUGAAGUCUUCGACAAGGCCCGCGCAGCAGCGCCCUGCGUUCUUUUCUUCGAUGAGCUGGAUUCGGUGGGCACAGCCCGUGGCUCCAGUGCAGGAGAUGCUGGUGGAGCAGGUGACCGAGUGAUGAACCAGCUACUGACCGAGAUCGAUGGUGUGGGUGCCAAGAAGAACGUUUUCUUCAUCGGCGCCACCAAUCGACCAGAGCUCCUGGAUGAAGCCUUGCUCCGUCCGGGUCGCUUGGAUCAGCUCAUUUACAUCCCGUUGCCUGACCUGCCCGCAAGACAGGGCAUCCUGGAAGCCACAUUGAAGAAGUCACCAGUGGCUCCCAAUGUGCCGCUGCCCUUCAUUGCGCAGAAGACCGAGGGUUUCAGCGGAGCAGAUCUGGCAGAGCUGUGCCAACGCGCCGCCAAGGCUGCCGUACGAGACGCCAUUGCGGCGGAUGAGCUGAGGGCCGGAGAUGAUGACGCCAUGGACACCACCAUGGGAAAUGAGACUCGAUUGAAUGAUGGUGAACUAGAGAUUGGUCGCAAGCACUUUGAAGAGGCGUUUGCAGGCGCUAGGCGAUCAGUGGCGGGUUCCGACCUGGCAAAGUAUGAUCAGUUCCGGAAGAAGUUUGACCCAAUCUACAUGAACUCCACCGCGGGCGGAGGCAGCUCGGGCGUAGUCAUCAACUGGCCGGACGAUGUCGGCAUCGGAGCGAGUGCCGCGGCGGCGGACGAUGACGACGACCUCUACGGGUGA